UGGUUGUCAUCCCUGAUCAUAAUAUUCUUUUUAAUCACUGAAGAAUAGAUAAUUGUGGAUCACGACAAGUGGACUUUAAUGUCGAUGUAUCAUUAUAGUGAUAAGUUGGUGCAGAAUAAUUUCCUUAUUUAAAAAGCAUGUUAAGGUCGAAAUGGCAUAUAAUUCGACUUAUCGUAUUCGUCCUGGCACAGUUGGCUUAUUGAAUAUGUAUUUUUUUUUAUCGUAGUGGCUUUGUACAGGUGGGCGAUUAACGCAUUAAGUUAGACAUUUUUGACAAGCACUUUGUUAAUUGUGUUUUUAAACAUUGCACGCUUAUUGUGUGCGAGAAACGAUCGUUAAUGUGCUAUACGGAAAAUAUGAAUGAGCAUUAAAUGGUUUCCAAUUCUCGAAGUGUAUAAAUUUUUCUUAAAAAUGAGUUGGUUACGAAAUAGUCCAUUGAGGACAAGUUUUACCAAACAACGAUCUAGAGAUUCACCACCAAAAGAUGCCGAUCCAUCAGCAUGCUAUGAUAGUUUUUGCAAGCAUUGGCAACAAGCUUAUGAAAUUAUUUUACAUACUAUUCCACCAAAGGGAAUACCUAGUCAAGAUGAUGUUCUUGGUGUUGUUAAUCAUAUUGACCAGAUGGUAACUCUUUUAGUAUUAGAACUUAGAGAGUCUACGUCUUCCAAGCAUUAUCGUCAAAAUUCUAGUGCGACACAUUCUCCGUGUCUAGAGUACUUAUUAAGUGAGAAUUUGCUUGUAAAAUUAUAUGAAUGGAGUGUACAUACUGGAAGAUUUAAUAAUGCUGUUCGCUUAGAACAACUUAAACUUUAUGAAUUAUUAGUAUCAUACAGUGGCACAUUGCUUGCACAUGAGCCAGUAACAAGGCCAUUGUUAAGAUUAUUAGAAGAAUGUGCUAAUGAUAUUAUGCCUUUGGAAGUAGAAAAAAAAUUAGUUGUCCUAUUAAACCAAUUAUGUGUAGCUUUAAUGCAAAAUAUGGCUUUAUUGGAUUUAUUUUUUCAUUCAACAUCAACUGGAAAAAAUAAAUUUAUUAUUUUUACGUUAUUGAUACCUCACGUUCAUAGGGAAGGAGGUAUUGGACAACAAUCUCGAGAUGCAAUGCUACUAUGUAUGUCUCUUUCCAAGAAAAAUGAUGAAAUUGGAUUAUAUAUUGCUGAUCAAUCCAACAUUUGUCCAGUAUUAGCUACAGGUUUGAGUGGUCUUUAUUCUUUAUUACCUCGAAAACUUAAUAUUGAAACAGAUGAUUGGCAUCGUUUAACACCUGAUGAUGUUAAUGAUAUACCAGCACUUAUACAACUUAUGAAUUCUUUGGAGUUUUGUAAUGCUGUUGCACAAAUUGCUCAUCCUAUGGUUCAAAAACAAUUACUUGAAUUUUUAUAUCAUGGAUUUCUGGUACCUGUAAUGGGACCUGCUUUAUUACAGACAACUGUGGAUGAAUUAGUAGCAGCUACAGCUUACUUUGAUUUGUUUCUUCGAUCUGUAACAGAACCAGGUCUAUUGAGAUCAUUAGUUAGAUUUUUACUUGAAGAUAACUAUGACGAAUGUAGGAUAUUGGAUAGUCUUAUACAAAGAAUAUCUUCUAGAUCAAGGUUAUGUAUUGUAACUUUGGGACUGUUUGAAACCUUGAUUAACUUAAACUGCGAAGAUGUAAUGUUGGAACUAUGUUUAGGGGCAUUGAGCCCUUGUUCUCAUGUAAUGUUAUCUCAGCGCCGAAGAUUGAAAGAUAUAGAUCCUUUUGGACGUGGUGCCGAAAAAUUUUUAGCUUUGAUACCAAGCUGUUGUUCUCCAUUUUCUCCUUUGGCAACAUCACCUACUUCAUUACCAAGCACUUUGUCAGUUUCUCGUGAAGAAUCUUUAAAUAACACAUCUGAUGCAUUAAAAUCAUUACCAUUGUCAAUAAAUUAUGGUACCAGAAUAUCAGACAGUCUAUAUGGAAAUUACCAUGCUUAUCUUUGUGAUGCUAGACAAAAGAUAACAGCUUGUAGGAUAGCAUGUUGUAACUGGUCAUCUCGUUACGAUGGAGAGAUAUCUAAAGAUAGCAAUACUGGAAGUGCAGUUACUUUAACAGAUGAAAAUACAUUACUUGAUCAAUCAACAAAAAAAAUAGAAAAAAAUGUGGUACAGUCUUCAGAAACACAUUCAACUACUGCGAUUGAUACAAAAGAAAAUAUUUUUACAGAUAAUAUAUUAGCUAAUAUUCAAAAUUUAUUAGAAAAUAAAGAAUUAACAAAAAAAAUAUUCAAUACAGAGUUGCCAGUAACAUCAGAUGUAGUAUUAUCACUUGAGGAACAAGCUAAAUUAGAUGCUGAUAUUGCUGAAUUAUUAAAUGAAAAUAUAGGUUCUUCAGAACCUGUUGUUGAAACAUUAUUAACAGGAGAUAAAAAAGGUUCUGAUAGUGGUAUUGAUGAUUCAAAUACAGCUAUGAAUUCUCUGUUAUCAUUGGGAGAAAGUAGUGGUUAUGAAAGUUUUGCAUUUAAAGGAUCAUCAGAAUCAACACUAGAAAAUGAGCCAAAUGCAAAUCAAAUAAAUGAACAUGAAGAAAUAAAUGUAGAAUGCAAUCAUGAGCCUAAUGUACUUUUCCAUGAUAUUGUAGAAUCUAAUUCUCUAAUAUCAGAAGAAUUAAUGAUAAGUAAACAAAGCAAAGAUACCGCAUGUCGUCAAGACAUAUUUAAUGGACAACCAAAUGUUGGUAUAUUUUUGGAUGUUAUUUUAAGAAAAUUGGAAUGUAUGACGAGCAAUAAUCUAUAUGUCAAUUUACAUUUAACUGGUCUUAUAAGUAGAUUAGCAAUUUAUCCACAACCAUUGUUGCAAUCAUUUUUAUUGAAUCAUUCAUUGGUGUUCCAGCCUAGUAUUAGAUCAUUAUUUCAGGUGCUUGCAUCUUUAAAGCGUAAAAUAGACCAAUAUUUAUUCAAACACGAUAAUGUCGACCUAUUAGUAGACCAAGCUAGAUCAUUUUUAAUUGGUCGCGAAGAUAGAUUAGUAAAUGCACGCAAAAAUGCAUUAGAAGCUACUGCACAGUUUGCAUGCAGUAAGAGGAAUUCCUUAACAAGCGACUCAUUUUUAAGAGGUGAACCUAAAAGGAGAAGCUUAACAUCGUCCUUUACACAAAUGUUCAGAAGAGCAAGUAAUACAUCUGGCUCAGUUAGUUUAACAAAUUCUAUCAGUCAACCAUCUAGUAUAUCAGAGAAUCAAUUAGAAUCUGUAGGAUUUGGGACAGGUUACCGGUAUUAUAUCAGAUCAUCGUGGGAGUCUCCAAGUGAAAUAACCUCAGUACAAAAUAUAGUAUUAUGUGCAGUUGUAUUAGAUGAAUGGUUGAAAGAAUUGGCAGCUAUUACUCAAGAACAUGCCAUCAUGUCAUUUACAAAUGGUUUAGAACAUAAAACAUAAUACAAGAAUCUGUAAUGAUAGAAUUGCUAAAUUAAUCUAAAGGGUGCAUAGGUACUAGUAAAAGAUAAAACAGCUUUAUGAAAAAUAAAUUUUCAUAAAUAAGUGUUCAUUUUCUUUUGGCAGGGUUGUUAGAAUUAGUUACAAAUUAUAAGAUGUAUUACAUUUUCAAAAAGUUGUAAUAAUUUUAAUCUGUAUAAGAUUUUUAUUAUAUACACUAUUAUUAUGCUUUUUUAUCACUUUGAACUAUAGCAUCAUAUUUGAAGGCAAAUUACUUUAACUUUUUUCUGAAUAAUUAGAAUUUAAUUAUUAAUUAUUUUCACAAUUGAUUAGAUUUCAUUUAUAAGUUACAUAUACGUAUAUAUGUUACUUAUAUAUGUAUAUUAUAAACUUGUAUUAUAAACAUAAAAUUACCUGAGGCAUUCUUAUAGUAUAUAUUCUACAAGUCGUAAACACAAAAAUCUAUGAAAAUAUUAAGAAAGAGAGAGACGAGAGUAUUUAUUAUUUUUAUUUUAUUCAGUGUUUUUAUUUAUCAAAUAAAAUAAUGUACAGUUUCAUCAAAAUAACGUUGGGGCAAGUAAGCAUCAAUUCUUAAUAAAGUUUAAGCUCGAACAUCAUGCUUUACAAUAUUCAAUAUAAUUUAUAUCAGAGGAUUUCUUAAUGAAUUACAGAGCUCAAAAUGAUUCUUAAGGAAAAUGUAUAUUUUUUAUUUUUUACUGGAAUUUUCUAUUUCAUACAAAUUUAAAAUAUAUAGUGGCUAUUCUUUAUGAAAAAUGUAAAUAAGUAAUAUCUAUUUUUUAUGACAUAUAUAUGAUUUUAUUGUUAUUUAAUAUAUACUAAUAUUUUGAUGUUUCUUGUUAAUGAUACGUACUUAUAUUAAUUGAAAUAAGUUUUACAUAUUACUUACAUUUUUAAAGCAAAAUAUAAAUACUCUUAUAGCUUUUUUAUGUAAUAUACUACUAACAUAUAAAUAUUAUUAAGAUAACAUAUAUUUUAAACAUUACAGAACUGUAAGAGUUAUUUGGCUUGUUUUACGAUUAUAAUUUUAUUUAGGAGUGUUAAUAUUGUCAAAUAUAUCAAAAUAUCAUUUAAUAUCUUUUUUAAGUAUAACAAAAAUAUUGUGUUAUUUGUGAUAAAAUUAACAAGUUUUUGAUGCAUUCUUGUUAUAUUUAUAUUAUAUAAAAUAUUAUUCUUGCCAAUAUAUUACAAUAAUCAUGAGAAAAUCAAACAUAAAUAUAACAUAUCAAGGUCUAGAUUUAAAUAUUCAGAAUAAAAAUAUUAAUUCUGAUAUUUUUAAAUAUUAAUAUUUGAUAUUACUUUUGAUAUAAGCACAAAGAUUAUAUUAGAUGGUAUAAAAGGUGCAAUUUCAUAUAAUGUAAAUCAAGCUAAUAAUUUUUUUAGUUUUAAUAUUAUAUUUUCUAUUAUUCAUUUGUACAUUUCAUUGUUAGAUUCUUGCCUCAAUGUGAUAUUAUAAUUGUGAUUAUAUAAAAAUUAUAAAAUUACCUUGUUAAAACUAUUUCUCUAGUGGAAAAUAAAAUAUGAAGUUAAAAUUUA